AUGGAUGCUAGCGACUCCGGUGCCGUUGUGGUAUUUGGGACCGAGAUGCGGGAAAAACACUUCGCAUUUGCAGCGGGGUACCACCCGCUCAACCACGGAUCGUUUGGGACAUUUCCCAAAUCUGUGCUCGAAUACCAGCGGCAAUUGCAAGCAGCAAGCGAGGCCAGGCCAGACACCUGGAUUCGGUAUACCUACCUCGAUCUUUUGAGAGAAAGCCGCACGGCAAUUGCCUCAUUGCUCGGCGCGCAAGCAAGCGAAGUUGUUCUGGUGCCCAACGCUACGACGGGCAUGAACACGGUGCUGCAGAACCUUGUUUUCGAAGAAGGCGACGUGAUUCUAACUUUUAGCACCAUUUACGGAGCAUGCAACAAGACCGUUGAACGGCUCUCCGAGCUGUGUCCAGUGUCGUCGCACCAGAUCGAAAUCACCUACCCUAUAACCGACGACGAGAUUGUGGCUCGAUUCAACUCUGCCAUUCAACAUGUCAAGGAAAAGGGGAUGCGUCCUAAGCUCGCCAUUUUCGACACUGUUCUCACUUUCCCGGGCGUUUGCUUCCCAUGGGAGAUACUGGUGGCUGUUUGUAAAGAGCAAGGCAUCUGGAGUUUGCUUGAUGGAGCCCAUGGAGUUGGCCACAUUGAUCUCACCCAUCUGAGCUCCGUUGAUCCUGAUUUUAUGAUCAGCAACUGUUACAAGUGGCUCAUGGUUCCUCGCGGCUGUGCUGUGCUGUAUGUCUCACGUCGCAACCAACAUCUUAUCGCUUCUACCCUUCCGACCUCAUGGGGCUACCUGCCUAAGCCGAACCGUGCAGCUGUAUCUGCCCAUGACUAUUUCGAUCAACUUUUCGAUAAAGUAUCGACCAUCGAUAACACGCCGUACUGCUGCAUCCCAAAGGCUCUCGAAUUCCGGUCUCAGAUGUGUGGCGGGGAGUCAAAUAUUCGCAAGUACUGCUUCGCUCUUGCUCAGCAGGGUGCAGCUCGUAUGGCAGAGAUGCUUAGCACUGAAGCUCUGGAAACCGACUCUCGCUGCUGCUUCGCCAUGGUCCGCCUCCCGCUGACACUCGUCGAGCUCGGGGCUGAAAGCGAUGGCUUACCGGUGGCAAAGUGGAUGCAGGAGCUCACGCCGGCAGAAUACGAAACCUAUAUCCCCAUUAAGUUCUACGCCGGUCAAUUUUGGUGCAGGAUAUCGGCGCAAAUAUAUCUGACGAUUGCCGAUUUUGAAUGGGCGGCGGCGACGGUACUGAAGAUUUGUGGCCGAGCAAAGUCGCGGUUUGGGAACGGUAAAGGGCCCUCCUUGGUAUGA